UCGCUCGUAACCAAUAGCAACCACACCAACGCUACAGUUUGAGCGAGAAACUUAUGUGUUAAACUACCGACAAAGUUACUCUAUUUUCCUAUAAUCUGCUCCAUAGUUAUCAUCACGUUGAAUUUAGCAGGCUACUUUACUUUAGGCUCAAUGGGCUUCUAUAUUAAUUCCUUUUAAAGUCGGCUAUAGCACACAGAAAACAGGACCUUUGGAGAAUCCGUAAGUCCAAAGAACAAGGAUGCCACCUAAAAGACGCAAAAGAUCUACAAGCAGCGCACGGAGUAAGGGGAAAGGCAAAGGAAGGAGGAGUGGGUCUCAACAAUCAGAAGUUAACAUCGAUCACCCUGAUGACAUCUUCCCCGUGGCCCUGACGUCAGCCACCCAGGAGCUCUUCGGUUGUUGCGCUGAUGAGGACAUCACACAGAAGAGCACUUACAAGCUGCUGAAAAAAGACAUCAUCAUGGAGGACAUCAAGAAAAGGGCUGAGACGUCUGACUUUAGUUCUGUGAAGCAGAUUGUGCUGGACUACCCAGAGGAGGAGCUCCUGCUGGUUUUUGACCCAGACUUGACUUAUGGUCAGAGCUUCUACUUGGUUUUGACACCAGAGGCCAAGAACCGGAUACUAGCACCCCCUGAGACUGUAACACCAGAACCAAAGGGAUGGAUAUCGCUUGGCAGUGAAAAGGAAAUUGAUGAAGAGUCUGUCAAGGAGACAAGAGAAAAGCUGAAGAUCCUGGUCCAGAAAGUUCAUCGUAGAUUUGGACAACCCUUUAGUUUUUCUGACAGCACCACCACAGACAACGUACUGGAGAUUCCCUCUGAGAACCACAGCAGGUUCAGCAUCAAACUGAUGCAGAGAGACGUCGGGAUUCAGCCUGUUACUGUGCUGCAAAAUGACAGUACUCAGACACACCGAAGUCCUCAGAGGAAUAACUUCAGCCAGUACAGCCCAAGGCAGUUAAGCAAUGAGGAGCUGAAAAGCAUCCUUCAGGAUGAGAGUCUGAAGAGUUUUUGUAACAAAGUGACUCCCAGGAUCUUAAAAGCCCUGCAGGAGGGAGAGAUUGCAAAGGAUCCCUGGAAGUCUUUAGAGACAGAGUUUGAAGAUGAUGGGGCUAGACAGAUUUCUGGAUAUUUAGAGUUGUACUUUUCCUUCAGAGACCCGAAGUGUACCACAGACAAGAAAAUCAGCUGCAUGAACUGGCACCCCACCAUCGAUGGUGUUAUGGCUGUGGCUCUGAUAGACAACAUGCAGACAAAGAAUAAAGAGACCACAAUCACAGUGCCGCUCUCCAGACCUGCUUUCAUCAUCUUCUACAGCUUAUCUGACAAAACUAUCAAGCUGCUUCUGGAGAGCCCAGAUGACGUUUGGGCCUUUGAAUUCUGCCCCUCCAAUCCAAACAUCAUUGCUGGUGGUUGCGUGAAUGGCCAGGUUCUGUUGUGGGACAUUUCUGCUUACACCAAACACUUACAAGAAGAUCCUUCUGGCAGCAAUACGACCUCAAACAAAUCUCACAUAUUCAACCUCAAUACCAUCAAAGAGAAUAAGGCUCCUGUCCUGCACGUCUGUGCAAUGUCGGCCAUAGAGAGCAGCCACAAAGCCCCGAUUACUGAUUUGCAUUGGCUGCCCCAAACGUUUGAGGUGACAGACACGGGCUUACCGGUGGAGAACGAGCUGAAAACAUCUGUUCAUAUAGUUACCUGCUCCCCAGACUGCACUAUAAUGUUCUGGAGCAUGAGAGCACCACAAAGGACUGAUCCAAUUGCUUACGGUAACCAGCCGAAUGUGAAUGAGAGGACGGCCACAGCCACCAGCAGCAUGGCUGAAAUGUUCAAACAUCUGGAUGGGACGUGGAAACCUCUGUUCAGGAUUUCUCCUCCUAAGAUUGAUUCUGCUGGAAAAUAUGUUCCUUUAAAGUUCAACCUGGAUAAUUACCCCAAUAAUGAUAAUACAGAAGAGACAUCAGUGAAAGAAGGUGCUGAGAACACCACUGACAACAGCCAGCUCUAUCUACCCGCUAGCAAAACACUAAAGAUUCUAAAAGAAAUCAACACAAAGUUUUAUUUUGGAACAGAGAGUGGGGAACUUGUCUACACUGACUGGAAACUCGAAAAGGACGAGUUUGGACGGCUGUGCAUGCCAAAACCCCUCCAGUGUUUCCCCACACAUCAUUGGCUGGUGAACUCGAUCCAGCGAUCGCCCUUCUUCAAAGACAUUAUUUUGACAGUGGGAGGCUGGAACUUUGCCAUUUGGAAGGAAGGAGUCAUGUCUGGCCCACUGGUCAAAUCACCGUACUCAGACCAGGAAUGCUCAGCAGGAUGCUGGUCCCAGACCCGACCAGCAGUUUUCUUUAUUGGGAAAGAAGAUGGCAACAUUGAGGUGUGGAACCUGCUGGAAGAUUCCCACAAACCUUCGCAGAUCUUUCCACUUCUGACCAAUACAAAGAUUACCUGCAUGAAACCUUGGACUCUUUCCCCCAAGGAGCACUUCUUGGCUGUCACGACUGACCAUGGAGUUCUUCAUGUUUUUCGUAUUUCAAAGGCCCUCUACACUCGCUCCAAACAUGAGAGUUUAAAUUUGAAGAAUUUUUUUGAAUGGGAGACGGAAGCAAUGAAGAGGGAAGAAAACUGGUCAAAGCAGCAAAAGCAGAGAGAAGAAGUCGAGAAGAUAAUGGAUCCUGACAGAUUAUGUAAGACCCUGAUGGAUAGCGGAGACUUGGACUUGCAAAACAGUGAAUACCUGAAGUUGGAGAAACACAUCCUGGGAAGCAUCGGCCUGGAGCCUGCAGCUGCUUCACACACAAACACACACACACACACAACCCCUAAUAUCACCCAGAUUUAAUGUUAUAUGAGUUUGUGGCAUUGAUGAAUAUCGUGUCCUGCAGGCUGUCUUAUUACUGAAUUUUUGAGGACUUGUGUUCAUGGCUUGUGUAAGGCCCUUCUAGGAGGUUAUGCUACUGUAUAGUGCAUGUUUGUUUCUAUAAAUUAGUGUUUUUGUUAUUAUUUGUUGGUUUUCUUUUUAGACGUUGAGGUUGUUGAAUAGGUCUUGUAGUUUGAGUAGAUAUGUACUUGUACUUUGGGAGGUAUUACAUCAAAUGGUGUUAUAUCAUGACCAAUAAGCCAGAUUGUAACAUUUUUGAUAUUCAAACAUCUUUGACAAAGAA